CCUCAGUUUUGGAGGCGGUCCAGCAGUGAACCACCUCUAUAUGUGCGCCAUCUGCCAAGUGGAGAUUGAAUCUCUGGCUAAACGCAGAAAAAUGGAAAUAGACACUUUCAUCAAGCUAAACAAAGAGUUUCAGGCUGAGGAGGCUCCGACUGUAAUCCUGUGCAUCAGCAUGCAGUGGUUCAGAGAGUGGGAGAGCUUUGUGAAAGGCAAAGACAAUGAGCCACCUGGUCCCAUCGACAACAGUAAAAUUGGCGUUAUGAAAGGAGGACACAUACAACUCAAACAAGGUGCAGACUAUGGUCAGAUCUCAGAGGAGACAUGGCAGUACUUGUUGGGUAUUUAUGGCGGAGGCCCUGAGAUCGCAGUGAGACAGACGGUGGCCCCGGCUGACCCUGACAGCUUUCAUGGAGAGAGGAAGAUUGAGGCCGAGACCAGAGCACUUUGAGAUAAAAAGAGGUCUUCUGAUUCCCCUUUCCACUCCUGCCCUCACAGGAAGCUGAGGAAUUUGCACCUUGGUGAUGAUGCUUCGUCGUGAGCACUUUGUAAAUGUAGCAACGCAUUAUUCUGAAGCCGUGUUGCAAAAGGGUGAACCGGAACUUAAAUAUCACGUAGUUUAUUUAUUGGAAAACUCUGAACCUCAGUGUAAAGGUGUAAAAAAAUAAGACGUAAUGUCACAUCUCUGGAGUUGUUUUUGGUAGCUAUGAUGUUUCAGUGGCUGCUGUAGUGACUAGGUGUCAUAUACUACUAAACUGGCCAGCAGACAGCUACUGGUGUCAUGAACCAGUUUGCUGAGGAGGAGAGCAGAACUACAGUGUGAUGUUUGGUUUGAGGACUUUUCUUCCUCAAUAGAAACAACAACUUUUAAGAGACAUUAUGAAGCUUUCUGUUGUUUGCCUGUUUACUAGUUACAUAGCAACAAGUUCAGACAUCAAGUGAGAUAUUGCAUAAAUCUUCCUCUUGCACCUCCAACCUUAAAUACACAGUAUAACUAAUCCCUCAGGAACGGAAGUCUUUUGAUUGUUUGAGCCAGUGAAACAAUUAUAUUGACAGAGAAUAAGAAAAAAAAAACAAACACAGCAGGGUUGUUUCAAACCACAAAACAUGCAUGUGUUCCAAAAAAGCAUUUUCAGGGUCAUUUGUAUUUGAAAAGCUUCAAAAAGCUUCAAAAUGCAUGUAGUGGCAACUUUAUUAUUUGGACUUGUAGGGACGUUUAGCUCACAGGAUCAAGUUUAUUUGCUCAAACACACAACACCUUAAGGUGCUCAAAAUGAUGGAAUUAUUGAUCCUGUCCAGCACUAUCCAUAAGUAGGCAUACAGAUAUAUGGCUCUAAUUUUAAACAGAGUAGAGACAUUUCUGAAAAAACUUCUAACUAGGUCAUAUAUGGCAAGAGUGCAGGAGUUAAGUAAGAGGAGGAUUACAUAGCUAGUGCAAUAACGGUACAUUUGCUGAGGGGUAAUUAGAGAAUCUUAACUGGCUUUUCUUUUAAUAGCCUACAUAGGUUUGAAAUUCCUCUGAAACAUCACAGUGUGAAUUCCCUGAUAUCAGUUCUUAAAAGAGAUUAUUCCAAAAUGACUAAUAAUGCAGUACCUGUAUAUACAAAGAGAGGAAAGUAUGAAAUGAAAUCUGACAGCAUCACAAAUAAUUAGCACAACAUGCACAAAUCCAGACCUGUUACAACAGAAUGAUCAUUUAUGAUUAGUAUCUGAUUUAUGAAGUAUAUUUUCUUAUUUUUUGAAUAAUAUCUUAAUUGUGCAUGUUUCAUCAUCAGAAAGAUGAAGCUGUACCCUGUGGUAGGGACACUACAUAGGUAUUUGCUUGUAAAAAAAUAUGUGCAUCUGCAACUUGCAUUUUUGUUGAAGAUGCAUUUUAAAAUGUGUAAAAAUACACGUGUUUGCCAAUUUAGACACCAUGGCUUGUUUACUCAAAUUACUCAAAUUAUAUUGUUGGGUAAGGUUUGAACUUCCUCCACCCUCACAGGAAACAGUCCCUUAUCUGCAGCACUUCGAAUUGAUAAAACUAGAUUGACAUCUUGUUUUUUUUUUUUUUUAUAUCUUUUGAUUAUAAAUGAAACAGGUCAACAAGAGUGCUGUGCAAUUUAACAACAACAUAUGAGACAA